CUUAUUUAGCAAAUGUUUUGAGUGCUAACACUUUUCCAAGGCACUGUGCGGGGGUAGCAGCUGGGCUCGGUCAUUUGCCCAUUUAGACACUGUACUCCACUCUGGGCUGCAUAGUGUCAGGAAAUCACAGAGAAAGGUGAACUUAGGUAUGUAUAAGAAGGAUUCAGGGGACAGGAGUUAGCUCAGGUUAUGAGCUCAUUUACAGCAUUGCAGGAGUGAACUCUGGUCUUGCACCUUGAGAAUCAAUAGUCAGGACUGGGGUACAGCUCAGUGACGGAGUGCUUGCCUAGCAUGCUGUAGACUAGGCCUGUGUUCUAACUGAACUCCAGCUUUGACUAUUCAGCCCCCUCUCCUUGGAGUAUAGCAAGAAUCUUGGAUUUAUUGGAUCAAAUCUGCCCUCCCUUGACCCAGCCCUAACCCUCUCAUCUUCCUCUCAGGGAAUGGCACGGCAUCUACCCAUUGGCUAAAGUUGUAGCCUGGUGGGCCUGCUCAGUCCUUUACACGUAUACAGCUGUCUGCAACUGCAGGGUGUUGCUGUGGGGCACAUGUUGACUCUGUUUACCCCCUGAACUGCUGUAGCUGCCUGCUCUUUUUCUGCAUCCUCUCUACAGAGUCGGCUUCUCUUCCUUCACUUCCUCAGUAAUCUUUAAAUCUUCUCCAGAUUCCUUUUAGGGUGCUGGCUCUCCCUCGUGAUUGUGUCCUUCCUUGGAUUUUUGGAUAAACUGAUUGUUUUCCAGAGAGUUCCACAUACCACAGAGCAGGUUUUGUUUUCUUUCUCCUUGAAGGUCUCUUGAAGGAAUUCCAUGGAGGGACACAUAAAACAUAAGCAAAAUUGAAGUAAGCAAAGACAGAUAGAGACAGAAAGGCAGACAGAUACAGUCUCUGUGUGUGGCAGGAAUGGGCAGAGUGGUCUCUGUUGCAGAUUUUAAAGAAGUUUUUGACUUAUAAGAUUGGUGGCAUAUUCAUAGAGUAAAGUGACCCUUUCCCUGUGUACAUUGUAGUGGAUCAGACCUCCCUUCUACAGGAUUUAUUCCCAUAAUCCUCUAGAAAACCCUACAAAGAGGAGGACACAGACCCUUUGUUAGUGCACAUUUGUGGGGAAAUGCCCUGGUGCCCUAGUUUCUGACAUUUCAGGAACAGCCUGCCAGUGACGUCAAAUGUUUAGCCACAAACAGGCUUUCUGAGCCUCAGGAGCACAGCUGCCAAGAGAUUGCUGCCUCUUGCUGACCUUACCACAUCCAAUUCCUUUCUGAGACUGCUCAAGGACCGUGGUUGAUCUGACAGUCUGCUGGUUAAGACAUUUAGUUUUAAGUUGAGGUUUCACACUGAAGUCUGGGGCCUGUGUCUUACACAAAGUGGAGUGCAGAACAGAGGCUGUCCAUAGGAUUCUUUUCUCAUAGCUCCACUACUCUGGUCUGUCUUCUGCUUAGCCCUUCAUGGCAGUUUUUCCCAUACCCUCUUAGAAGGACAUUUCAGUUCCUUGCUUUUUGGUGGAGAUCUCAGAUGUAGCCCAAUGGGACCUAAGAAGGCAUCUUCACCAAGCACAGCCAAGGGCCUGCAGGCACUUACUGUCCUUGCUCAUCUCCUGGGUUUCAUGUCCUCUCCAAUUCUAGCACCCAGGGUUUCUCUUGAUUUCUUUUUUUUCCUUAGAGCUUUUCUGUUUCUAACGACAUUUGAAGGAUUUUAUACAUUUUCCUAGAUGCGUGAGGUUGCUUUCUGGUGCUGCCAGAGUGAUCUUACAAACAUUUGUGGGAACUGCUCUUGUUCCUGCCUAAAACCCCUCCAAAGGCUUCCUGCUCUACAUUAAACCCAAGCCCUUUACCUUUAAUGUUGGAGGCUUGCACAGACUAAUUACCAACAUGGCUGCUUGCAGGUCAGAAGCAAGUAUAGCAGGAACAUGCAGUAGACAGUUGUGGUAUGUGAAACCUGCCCUGCAAAGGGAGUGGAAGCUGACAGGUCAAAGGUCAGAGGGCAAGGCUGGGCUGAAGCCUACAGUCUCGUCAGCAUUGACAGUACUCCUCAGCAGCCCAUGCUGCUGCCAUCACCAUAACUCUGAAUAAUGGCAUAGUACCUAGCAUGUGUUAGUAUUUGCCGCUCUUCAUGAUAUAUUCCUGUGUGUGUGUGUGUGUGUGUGUGUGUGUGUGUGUGUGUGUGUGUGUGUGUGUGUGUGUUUGAGAGAGAGAGAGAGAGAGAACAGUGUGUGUGUAUAGGACAAUAUCAGGGAUCUUCAGCUAUUUUUAAAAAUUUUUAUGUACAUUCAUGCUUUGCCAACAUGUAUGUCUAUGUGAGGAAGUCAGAUCCCCUGGAACUGGAGUUACAGACAAUUGCGAGCUACCAUGUGGUUGCUGGGAAUUGAACUCAGGACCUCUGGAAGAGCAGCCACUGCUCUUAAUCAUGAGCCAUCUCUCCAGCCUGUCUCCCUUGCCUUUUGAGACAAUGUCUCCUUGUACUUCAGCUCACCAAUUCAGCUAGACUGGCUGGCAAGGCGGACUAUGGUGCUUUGGAGGAAACGGGCUUCCUUACGCAGAAAGCUUUGGGGAAACCCCCUCAGCCACAGUGGAGAUGCUCUCUCUAGAAGCCAUAGUAAAGCACUCAGAGAUACCUUCACACUGUGACUACAUUGAAGCAGGAGGGGGCUUGCAACUCCUGCAGAGACUCUACCAGCUUCACAAGGACUGCCCCAAAAUACAGAGAAGCGUCCUGAGGAUCAUUGGAAACAUGGCUUUGAAUGAGCAUCUUCACCCUGCCAUCGUCCACUCAGGCUGGGUCUCUCUCUUGGCAGAAGCCUUGAAAUCCUGCCACAUUAUGGAGGCUUCCCACGCUGCCAGAACCCUGGCUAACCUGGACCGAGAAACUGUGAGUGAGAAAUACCAGGACGGAGUGUAUGUGCUCCACCCCCAGUGUCGGACAAGUCAGCCCAUUAAAGCCGAUGUCCUUUUUAUUCAUGGCCUUAUGGGAGCAGCGUUUAAAACCUGGCGCCAGCAUGACAGCCAGCGGGCUCUGACCGAAAAUGCUUUGGUGGAUGAAGACAGCUACACUACAUGCUGGCCCAAGACAUGGCUGGCUAAGGACUGCCCCGCUCUUCGCAUCAUAUCUGUGGAGUACGACACGAGCCUCAGUGACUGGAGGGCAAGGUGCCCUAUGGAGAGAAAGUCCAUUGCAUUCAGAAGCAACGAACUUCUCAGCAAGCUGAGAGCCGCUGGCGUUGGGGAGAGACCAGUGAUAUGGGUCUCACACAGCAUGGGAGGUCUUCUUGUCAAGAAGAUGCUGUUGGAAGCCUCUCAGAAGCCAGAACUGAGUGCUCUUAUAAACAAUACCAGAGGGAUAAUUUUCUACAGUGUCCCUCACCACGGAUCGCGGUUGGCUGAAUACUCCGUUAAUAUUCGAUAUCUUCUCUUCCCCUCUCUGGAAGUCAAAGAACUCAGCAAGGACUCUCCUGCACUGAAGAUGCUACAGGAUGAAUUUCUGGAGCUUGUGAAAGACAAAGACUUGCAGGUGCUGAACUUUGUAGAAACACAACCAACAUUUAUCGGCAGCAUGAUUAAACUGCAAGUAGUGCCCGUGGAGUCAGCAGAUUUAGGCAUUGGGGAUCUAAUUCCUGUGGACGUCAACCACUUGAACAUUUGCAAGCCGAAGACAAAGGAUGCGUUUUUGUACCAACGUACUCUACAGUUCAUCUGUGAAACUUUAGCCAGAGACCUUGAAAACUGACAGCUACAUUCUUCCAUGUUUUUGUGUGAAUACAGUGCAGGAAACGUGGUGUUCUCCA